UUCAGAGCUCAAAUAGCCAGGCGCUUAACACAUGAGCGCGCUCGCGAUCGUGGCCAACCUCAUCGUGCCGGGCGCGGGCCUCGCGAUCCAUUACUUGCCGCAAAUUGCAACCUUCUUGGCCGGCAUCAACGGGCGCUGCGGCCAGCUCUCUCAAAACCAAGCGCAUUUUGGUCGCGUCCGAGAUCGCCUCCACGAGAUUUUUACGCAGCUCUCGACGAUGGAGGCGCGCGGGCAGCUGCCGUCGCCGGUCGUCGUCAAGCGGUUCCGAGAGCUCCUCGAAGACUUUGACACGUACUUGGCGCACUACCUCCGCUGCAACUUUGUGACGCGCCUCCUUACGCAAGACCACGUAGCGACCAAGAUUGCUGUCUACCACAACGAAGUCGAUAGUCUUCUCAAGCUACUGGACCUCGCCCACAUUGCGCAAAUGACCGACUGGCGGCUGCAGUACGACGCCGACCAGCGCGAAGAGGUCGCCCGCUGGACCGACCUCGUGGCCACCAACAAAUUGGUGCUCGAAGCGUGCAGCGAUGCGAGUGCGCAGCGUGAAACGAUGCUGCGACUCCUCCACGCGCUCCAGCACGACAAGCACACGCAGAGCAGCAGUAGCUUCCAGGCCAAGCUCGUCAAGCAGGCGUUCCAUACACUGCAGCGGCUUUCCAAAGACGUACGGGGCACCUCGUCGGUGCCACUCUGGUUUGUGCCACCCGAAGACGUAGCACUCUCGCCGCAGCCCUUUGCGCGUGGCGCCACGAGCGAUGUGUUUCUUGGCGUGUGGCGUCAGCGCACCAAGGUCGUCGUCAAAGUCUAUCGCGCCGGCGGCGACGACGUCGAGAACGAACUCCACUUGUGGGCAUCGCUUCGACACCCGAAUCUGGUGGCGUUUUAUGGUGGCUGCCACGUCGGCGCCAAGCCGUUUGCGCUCUGCGAAGAGGCGCCCGGUGGCGCGCUCGACGACUACCUCAUGCGCCACGCUGGCGCCGUGGACGAGACGCAGCUCUUAGGCUUUUUGCUCGACAUUGCGAUCGCACUCGAGUACAUGCACGGCAACGGUGUCGUGCACGGCGACCUCAAGUGCAACAACGUCCUUCUCACUCUCUCGCCACUGCGAGCGCAGCUCAGCGACUUUGGCUGCGCAGUCCACAACGCCCACCCGCAUACUAUGCCCACGCGGGUGUCGGCAGCCAUUCGGUGGGUCGCGCCGGAAUGCCUCGUGCAUGCAGCCCCGCCCAGCCGCGCGUCGGAUGUCUAUGCGCUCGGAAUGGUGCUGCUCGAGGCCGUGACACUCGACAUCCCCUUUAGCGAUGUCGACGACGACGAGAUGGUGCGUGGCCGCAUUGCCCGAGGCGAGCUCCCCACGCUCGACGAAACCUCCCCGUAUGCGGUGCUGGUGCCACGGCUGUGCGCGCUUUCGCCAGACGAUCGUCUCGACUUGUCGGCGUUCAUCCGCGAAUGCGAAGCGCUGCGGGACGGAGCCCCCAAGACAGUAUCCUGUCCGCGUCCAGAGCCGAGCUGGCCCACGACCGAGCUGCCACUUCUCUCCACCACGACGGUGCCACUAGCUAUAGACGUUGCCCCAGCUGCGACGACGACGUCACUGAAAGAGUACGGCUACGGCAUCGCAGCCGACAAGCCUCGCGACAUUAAAGCGGCCAAAAAAGCCAAGCACGCGCGACGUGUCUCGACGCGCCGCCUCUCGAUCUCCGACGUUGACGCGAUUGUCGCGUCGCAGGACGUAGCCUCGCUGCUACAGUGGCUGCAGCGGCCAACAACGUCCGACCUUAUCAAGGAAAAACUUCUUACAGCUCUGAUGCCACUGGCGCCAGCAUCCGUGGCCGAACACGGAGGUCUCGAGCUUGUACUCGCCCUUGCUGCCAAAGGCAGUACACCGACAAUCAAGGAGCUCUCGACCGCGCUCCUUGGACUGGUGGUGCACCGCAACGCUGGCCUCGCGGCGACGGUCCGCGCCCAAGGCGGUGUCGCCAUCUUGCUCAAAAUACUCCGCCAAGGAACGUACGGACAGCGCGCCUUUGCGCUUCGAGCGCUCGCGCACCUUACGUCGAUGGACGACGAUGCGAUUGGUCAAGUCCUCGACGACGCGACGAGCGUCACGACGGUGCUCGACAUGCUGCGUGUGGGUGGCGAUCGGCAGCGCCAAGAUGCCUUAGUCGUGGCUUUUGUCGUGACGCAGACGCGGAUACAUGCCAAGACGCCGGAAAUGACGUCGCUUCUCGUCCAGAGUCUCGGACUCCUCGCCUUUGCCAGCGAUGCGUACGCCACAAGGAUUGCGGAUGCCGGUGCGAUUCCGCUGCUCUGGAAAGCCUACAGCGCCUGGCCCCACCUCGGCAACGUGGUCCUUCAAACGCUCGCCAACCUCGCAACCACCGACGCCAGUCGUCGCCAAAUCGCACGGCACCACAGCAUCCAACAUACGAUCGACGCCGUCUUGGACCCGGUAUCGAUGACGUCGGCAAUGCACUUGCUGCACAACUUGAGCUUGGAGCCGUCGGUCAUCGAGUACAUGGUCAGUCUCGGCGCUGUGAACGUCACGAUGACGGCACUCUUGAAGCACUCUGAGCUCGCGAUGCUCGGCGCCAAGCUCCUCGCCCAGCUGUCGAUGGCGUCGGCUCGCGAUCCGCUUGUGUCGUCGGGCGCGGUCGCCUGGACGCUCGAGCAGUUGCGAACGCAACGGGAUGUCGAUGUGACGCCGCUAUGGAUCUGCUUGAGCAACGCCGUGGUUGCUCCAUCGUGCCUCGACGCGUGGGUCCGUCUCGGCGGCGCGCCAUUGCUGAUCAAACGACUGGAAAAAGCCAGCGUCGAUCAUGUGGCUCCGAUCCUUCAGCUCGUACUGCGCGUUGCCACGUCCCUCGAGACAGUGCUCUUGCUCGUGCAACACGACACGGCGCUGUAUACGCUCAUGAACUUUGUCGAGGCGUCGUCGUCGCCGUUGGAGGUGCAGUUGCUGGCGCUCGGCUGCGUCGCACAAAUCACGUACUUUGAGCCAACCGUCUUGCGUGCGGUCAAGGGUAGCGGCCUCGGGAUCCUCGCUCCACUGCUCAAAACCUCGCCUCACCAAGCGCUUGCACUACGUAUCGUGGACCACAUGACGUAUUGUCCGACCUUCCAUAACCUCCUCACGGUCGAGUUUCCGAUCGUCGCGACGCUGCAGAAGCUGACGCGCAACCCGGCGCUGCACCCGACGUGCGACGCGAUCUUGACGCGGCUGGAUGUCCCACUCGCAAGUUCGCACAAACCCUCGCUGCUGAAAGCAUUCACAAGCAAGUGGCGAAAAGCCAAGCCCGCGUCCAACCAAGACUCGGACGACGAGCAUCGCUUGGUGCGCGCGCUGCUGCAAGAACGGCCGCGUGGUCCAGCCUUGGACCGUAUCUACGAUGCCAUUGCUAUCGAUGGCCAGCGUUCCGAUGCGUUGAUCGAUGCAGGACUCCUCGUGCCGCUCGCCCAGCGGCUACAUAGCAAGCGCGAUCGAAGCCGCGCUCUGGACGUCGUGCGGCGGCUGCUCGACGACGCCUCCGAGGCGCACCAGAAAGCUAUCGCGGUCGACAUGAUUAUCAAGCCGCUGAUUGCAAUGGCGAAGGAGCACGACCGGCCCGAUGACCGCGACAAUGCGAUCCAGCUCGCCCUCGCGUUGGCGACGCUUUGCAACAUGCAAACGCAGGUGGUCGACGCGAUCUUGCCUCACGACGCACGCAGCAGCAUUGCCCAUAGUCUCCUAACGCACCCCUCCUAGUCGAGUCAAGCAAUUCGUUUUGAUACCGU